AUGGUACUUACUACUUUAUAUAUAUAUAUAUAUCAAACACAUCUUUUAUGUGACACCGGAAACUUUGAGAUUGUGCUCCUCGCCUUUCUCUACACUUUCGGUUGUGGCACAACUCCAGAUUGGAACUUUGCUGGCCACUGUGGGCCAUGGUUCCCUUGUUACAAUCUACAACCAGAAAUCGAACAUUGCCAAAGAAAUGGCGUGAAAGUUUUCCUCUCCCUUGGAGGAGCCGUUGGGCCCUACUCCUUAUGCUUGCCGGAAGAUGCCAAGAGCGUCUCCGACUACCUUUACUACAACUUCCUCCGUGGCCAAGGGGGUCCAUUAGGGAAUGUGAACUUCGAUGGCAUCGAUUUCGACAUUGAAGGUGGGGGUUCAAACCUUUAUUGGGACAACUUAGCUAGAGAACUCGAUACACGCAGAAAGCAAGACAGGUGCAUACUAUAA